AAAGAAAACUUGCGGACCAAUCUUCAGGAAUGGACAACAAAAUAAUGCCAGCUGAUUGAGCCUUGAUUUUGGAAAUGGAAAUGUCAACUUCAUUAGACUUCGACGUUCGUGCAGUCUAUUUGAAUGACGAUACAAAAUAUGCGAUUCUGAAUACAAUUUGGAGUUCAACGCACACCGCUCGAGACUUCUCAAACGAUCCAAGCAUUGGUGACAGCUAUCUUCGAUACUACGGAGAUCAAUGCAGAAACGCAUUGCAUUCGAGAGGAUUCAAUUCUAUCAUCAAAACCCACGCAGACGUCGCAGAUAUAGUGAACCGCCUCAAACAUCCCAUCAUGACGAGGGAGCGUCUUCAGGAGUAUCUGCGUACCAAAGUCCAACAUCCAUCUACAAUUGAUGAUGAUGAGCCCUUAUGCUAUAUAAUCGAUCUGGCCGUGCGACUGUGGCUGAUUGAUGUUGGUAAAAUUCAGCAUGGGUUCGUUCCUGGCCAGAAGCCACUCCUUUGGAAGGCUGGUUCUCUAAAAGAUCUCGUCGAAGACCGUUUCGCUGGCUUAGUAUCAGGUCCAUCACGUGUGGUAACGGUCAAGCUUGACAGGUUAUUCACUGCACGGAAUCUGGAACGCAUUGCAGGUCUGCAGAUCAUUUGGACGGACAACAUUUCGGACCACUUGCGAUUGAUGGUCGAUGACACCAGAAUAGCCAUUUAUCACCAUGCGUCUUUCUUGGAGCACCAUGAAAACAACUGUAUUUUUCCGGCUGGCUUCAUCGAGGAAACCCUGCGAACGAUAUCUUUACUCUUCCCUCAGUACGACAAAGAAUCACGUAAAUGGUUCAAGGCACAACAGCUGAAGUUUAGCUUGGACAAGAAGACAAGCACAUCUGGACACCUCACCACAGAAGAACGUCAGAUCGAAAACUUCGUAUUUUGGUACGACCGGCUUAGUAUUCUCAAAAAAGCCUUCGAUGAAGCUGAGCCGAGUACACUCGCACAGUGGUGGUUUGAUCGACGGCGUCGUGUACAAUGGUACACGUUUUGGUUGGCUGCAAUUGUCCUAACCCUCACUGUUCUCUUUGGCAUGGUUCAGUGUGUAGAGGGGGGUUUUCAAGUCUAUAAGGCGUACUACCCAUCCUGAAAUCGGAGGUUUGGUUGGGAUAGGACUUGCAGAAAACGAUCAUAAAAUAGGAAG